CCCAAACGCGCAGACCGCGAGUCUCCCGGGACUCCGGCCGCGUCAACCCGCACCCAAUCGCUCGCCGUGGCGUGUCCACCGUCCCCUCCGCCUCGUCCUUAUUAACCGCGCCCCUCCCCUGGCUCCCAAGUCCCACCCGGCCGGUGCUCCCAACUCCGAACGCCAAAGCCGCGGCCUUUCUGCCUUCCCCACCCAAGAUUCCCCUGCCUUGGAGGCUAGUGUACGCACGCAAGAACGCCGCGGCCAUGUCUGCCAUGCGGGUCCUCGUCCUCCUCGUGAUGGUGGCGGCGCCGGCGUGCGUAUCCGCGGCCGGCGGCGGCGCCUGCGCGGCGGAGAAGUUCUCGAGCAACCGCGUGUACGCGGCGUGCAGCGACCUGCCCCGCCUGGGCGCGUCCGUGCACUGGACCUACGACUCCGCGGCGUCAUCUCUGUCGGUGGCGUUCGUGGCCGCGCCGCCGUCCUCCGGCGGGUGGGUGGCGUGGGGCCUCAACCCCUCCGGCGACGGCAUGAAGGGCACGCAGGCGCUCGUGGCCGCGCCCAAGGGCGGCGGCAACGGCGGUGCGUACGAGGUGCAGACGUACAGCAUCUCCGGGUACUCGCUUGGCUCCCCGGGGUCCAUCUCCUUCCCGGCGUCUGAUCUCGCCGCCGAGCUCGGCGGCGACGGCCGCGUCCGGAUGUUUGGGACCCUGAAGCUCCAGAACGGUACGGGGGAGGUGAACCAGGUCUGGCAGGUGGGGCCGGUCUCCGGCGGGAGCAUCGCGCCCCACGCCAUGGGCGGCGACAACAUGGCCUCCAAGGGGAAGCUGAACCUUGUGACCGGGGCGAGCACCGCCGGCAGCGGAGGGGGCAGCCUCCUCAGGAAGAAAAAUACUCAUGGAGUUCUGAAUGCUGUGAGCUGGGGUCUUCUAUUGCCCAUGGGAGCCAUAUUUUCAAGAUACCUCAAGACAUUCAAAUCAGCCGAUCCAGCAUGGUUCUAUCUUCAUGUAGCUUGCCAGCUGAUUGGGUAUGGUGUCGGAGUAUCUGGCUGGGCCACUGGCAUUCAUCUUGGAAACUUGUCCAAGGGAAUCACCUAUUCACUUCACAGGAACAUCGGAAUCUCAGUAUUUGCUCUUGGUACUCUACAGAUCUUUGCACUCUUCCUGAGGCCAAAGAAGGAUCACAAAUACCGCGUCUACUGGAACGUGUAUCACCACUCGGUCGGUUACACUAUCAUCAUACUGGGCAUCGUCAACAUCUUCAAAGGCAUGUCCAUCUUGAACGUUGAGCAGAAGUGGAAGACAGGCUACAUCAUCGCGAUCUGCAUCCUGGGUGGCAUUGCCCUGAUCCUGGAAGCUGUUACAUGGGGCAUCGUUUUGAAGAGGAGGAAGUCGGACAACAAGACCUACAAUGGCACUUCGAACGGCCACUUGCCGCUUUCUAUGUGAUUCUAGUGACUAGUCAGGUCGUCGGACCUCUAUUUAUCUUCAGUGUUGUGUUUGUGUGCAGAUGUAGGGUAGGUCUUGUGAUCUUGGUCUCUCUCUUUUUUGUACGAUAGAUAUGUGUAUACUGCACAAUUAUACUGGAGAUUAGUGAUACUGAUGUAUCCUCUGCGCACUA